AUGGACUGGGACUACGACGGCGGCUACUCGACCAACUACAGCGAAAAUGAAAUAGAUCUCGCUACCGUGUUGAUGAACUUGAAGGAAGACUACCCCUCGCCGGACGGAAGUUGCAACGACCACCACGAACCUUCGUACUAUGAUUCGACGACGACGGGCGACGAUCACCAGCAUCAUCGCCACCAUCAACUGCUGCAGUGGCAAUACCCGUCCGACGAACAGCCACCGCACGUACUCGUGUACAACUCGCUGGACCACCCAAAUACCGAGAACUGUCUACUACCCUCUAUAUUAGGUAAGUGUCAAGUACCUGGGCUGGAUUGGACAUAUUUGAUCUGCCGAGUUUUUUGUGAUUUAUCGGUCCACUUACAAAUUUACUCUCAACAACACCUACCACCAUGUAUACUAUGGUCUGUGCAAGUCCAACAUUUAGACUCAAUUUUUUCAAUUAUAAACUCUUAACACAUUUUCAUUUAACAGCCUCGUGACUCAAACGGCCCAAAAUUUUCGCGGUUCACAAAGUGUUACUCGAUAAUUCGUCAGACUUUACUGUAGACAUUUUAUACUUGGUGGGGUGAGUUACUGUAUUAUAAGGCUUACAGAUUUUGCUAUAAAAGUAUAUAAUCUCCCCUCCUAAAACAAAUCCAUAAUUACGCCACUGGUACUUGCCUAUUCCUAUAUACAUAGGUAUGAUUAGGACUACUAGGAGAGUACUAUCUCGUCGCACCUCUGAGAAUUAUCGGUAUAAUUUUUAGGCCAUUAUCUAGUCUAUAUCCAUCGUAUCGUUGUAUCGGUAUA